AUGAUCCCUUACUUCUAAUAACCACUUAUAUUUCAGCCAUUAAAUCCAACGCAAGCACUUAACCCUUAUUUGACAUAUUUGUGCUCCCCAAUACUGUAGUAAAGACAGCAAUAGCAGCUCAUCAGUCAGUAUCAAGGUACUGCUGUGUUAAGUAAGUCUUUAGACACAGCAGCAUUAUCUCCGGAAAAGCUGAGAAUGCCUCAGUCAUAAGUGUUUGGCUCUGGAGAAAAAUCUGCUUUUCAUCGCUUUGUGAGGGAAGACACUCCAGCUAAUAAGAUCAAGGUUAUCAUUUCUCCUAUAAAAGAAGAAAAUCUAUUCAAUAGGAGAUACUCAUUCUCUACUGAUAAUAACACUGAUAAUAAUCGAUCAAAUAUUGAACACUCAAGAGAGCAUGUAUAUUAGGAAGACUAGAAGAUCCAGCUAAACAUCGAGCAUUCAUGGGAACAUACUAAUGAAACCAAAAAUGAGCAAUGUCUAUAGAUGCAAGAGUUGGCACCUGGUUCUACAAAGAUUAGAAUACAAAGAACUGAUCUAAUAACUCCGAGAAAUCUAGAGUUCGGUUGUUCUGAGGCAAAAUAGUCCUUAUAAGAAAGUAUUAAUAAUAUAGAGAAAGAAUAAUAGUCUACAAUUAAGCAUCAGUAAUAGUAACUAUAAGAUAAAGAUUAACAACAUAAAUGGGCUUCAAGCGGCUAGGUAUUCCUAGAUCACUCAGAUUAUGAGAUCGAGAACGAAGAUGAUAUGGAUGAGGAUUAUGAGAUAGAAGAGAAUUAGGAAUCUCUGAUGUAAAAGCUAGAUGAUAUCGGAGAUUCAGGAAGGACUAACAAUAAUAAGCAUAAGACUUUUGAAGGUAUCCCUAAGCAAUGGCACCAAACAAUACGUGUCAAAAACCCAGAAACUCAAAGAGUAAAGCUCUACUUUAAAUGUAGGUAUCCUCAGUGCGGCAGUGUCUUCAAGAAAAGUUGUAAUCUGAGAGAUCAUUUCAGGAAACAUACAGGAUUGAGACCAUUUAAAUGCCCUUUUUGCCAGAAAACUUUUACUCAAAGUGGAAAUCUCGGACGACAUUUAAAAAAUGUACACGGGGUUUCGAGAGAUAGUAUCAAUCUAAAUGCUCAGAAUGAUGAGUGA